AUGCAAAACUCAGAAGCUUUCUAUGGCUACUAUUACCCCGUCCAAACCAGCGGCGGUGCAGUCUUUAUGGCUGUCGUAUUCCUCGUCCUCACUCUGGGUCAUUUCUGGAAAGUCAUCACCACCCAGAACUGGUUCGGUCUCGCCAUCGUGAGUGGGGGAAUCUUCGAAUUCGUGGGUCUCUCGGCACGAGCCUGCUCUCAUAGCACACCCACCGUCAGAGCACCCUUCGACAUUCAAGUCGUAUUCAUCUUCCUCGCACCCAUAUUCUUCGCCGCAUCCAUGCAUUUAUUCCUUGAUCGAAUGAUCCUCGCCUCACGACACAAAUUCCUCUCCCUUAUCAAACCGAUUUGGUUCCUCCCAAUCUUUUGCGUCGGCGACCUGCUCUCGUCUAUCCUCCAAGCUGUCGGUGUCGCCCACCUCGUGAAAGCAAGAACACGAAGCGCAGCCACCGUAGCAAGAUACGUCAUGCUCUCUGGACUCGCUAUCCAGAUUGCCUUUGUCUGCCUCCUCGUGUUAUGUCUGAUCGUCUUCUCACUCCGGGUGAACGCGCCCUAUCUCGCGCUGUCGGUAGAUCCCAACCUCCGACUCAAUACAAAUCUGCGGUGGUUGGGUGCAUGCAGUCUCUUGAUCGUUGUUCGGAAUAUCACGCGUAUUGUUGAGUUUCAGGGCAGUCUUGUAUCUUACUUUGACAGUCAUGAAUGGACGACGUAUAUUCUGGAUGUCAUUUUGAUGAUGCUCUUCAUGGUUUUCACCGUGUCUUGGUAUUCGUGUGAUAGUGGGAGUCCUCGUCUCAGAAAUAGCUAUCCGUUGAUGCCUCGGAGCCGCAAUCUUUGA